AUGGCGUACAUGUUCUUAAAGAAGGAGAUCAUCUGCACCCUCUGCUCCGACAUUUACAAAAAGCCUGUGAUGCUGCACUGUGGACACAACUUCUGCAGCCGCUGCAUUAAGAUUCACAUUAGUAAGCAGGACUCGCACGUGUUAUACCCCUGCCCGGAGUGCAAGAAGAUAUUUAAAGCCAAGGCCCCGCUGACCAUCAACACAAAGCUGCAGAUCAUCGCGCAGAACUGGAGGUCAGUUGAGAAUCGCCAUAGCCUUGGUGACGCCAUGUGUAACUACUGCCUGGAUUACCUGAGCCCCGCCGUGAAAGUCUGCCUUCACUGUGAAUCUUCUUUGUGUGACAAACACCUAUUGGUCCACAGCAGAAGCCAGGAGCACCCACUAGUGGACGUCACAACUUCCUCGCAGACUAUGGUUUGCAGUUUCCAUGGCGAAAUGCUAAAGUUUUUCUGCACAGAUGACAAGUGUCUCAUUUGCACGUCGUGCUUCUUAACCGGCAGUCACCAAGGUCACCCGGUGCAGCUGCUGUCGGUCGCCUCCCGUCAUAAAAGGGAGAAGCUUCAGAAGCUUGCGGAGCACAUGUACACCGAGCUCGACGCCCUAAAGAGAAGAGAAAACCACCUGCAGGAGAUGCUGAACGAGAACACAGAAAAGGUGGAAGCUGGGAAAAAUGAGGUCCAACAAAUAUGUUAUGCCCUCCUUAACUAUCUGGAAGAUGUGAUGAGAAAAAUCACGGCUGAGAUUAAACACCAGAAAAUGGAAAUCUCAAGGGAAAUAUCACAUAAAUUGUCUUGUCUGCGGGGGGAGGAAAAGGACUUGUCCAAGAAGAUACAAAAGGUUGAGCAAAUGUGUAACGAGGACGAUCCCGUGCUCGUCCUGCAGGACAAAACCUUUGAAAAGUCCGAGCUGGAGAUGAAGCACCAGGCCGGACAGCUCCUCACAAAUGCCGAGUUCGACCUCCCACUCAUUUCCUUGAAAUUAACGAAGAGCCUUAUUAACUUUACAAAAUUAGCGAAGACCCUUUGGUCCACACAUUGUUUCCACCUGAAACACAAAGCCAAAAUCCUGCUGAAUAACUCCACUGCCAGCGACUACCUCCGGGUGCAACCCGACCGUAAAUCUGUUAUCUACAACACGCUUAAAAGCAAGGAGCGGCCAAUGCUGGGACAGUUCAGCACCCGUUACAUCGUCAGCGCGUCAGGCACACCUCCCAGAAAAUGCAAAGUAGAGCCACCAAAUCCUGAACAAUUCGAACCCCACCGCCAUGACCUGAGCGUGUCCGGCUCCUCUUCCAGAAAACACAAACUAGAACCACCAAGGUCCGGACAAUUCAAAACCAGUCUUGUCCUCAGCGAGUCAGCCUUCUCUUCUGGAAAACACUAUUGGCAAGUGUUAAGCUCCAAGAGCGGUGUGAAGAGCAUCGGCGUGGCGUAUAACUCCAUCAAGAAGGACGGCCCAGAAGCGUUUAUAGGCUACAACAAGAAGUCGUGGUGCCUGACCUGGAGCCACAGAUACAUAGAGGUCUGUCACGACUCCAGAUGCUUGCACAUCCCUUCUGUAGGAUCCAUCAUGUGCUCAGUAGGGGUGUAUUUGGAUUAUGAUGUCGGGCGGCUCUCCUUCUACAGGAUCUCCCCAGUUCAGCACCUCUACACCUUCACCAGUAAUUUCACCGAGCCUCUCCAUGCUGCGUUUUACGUAGUCAACUCCUGGCUGAAGAUCAUAUGUUAA